AUGUUACGACAUGGUGAUUCAGGUGAUUGGAUUGGGACAUUUGAAGGUCAUAAAGGAGCUGUAUGGAGUGCAAAAUUAGAUCAUGAAGCUGAAUUCAGUGCCACGGGAAGUGCUGAUUUUUCAGUCAAGAUCUGGGAUGCCUUAACGGGUGAUUUGGUCACAACAUUUGAACACAAACAUGUGGUCAAGAGUGUGGCAUUUACAUUGGAUGGAAGGCGAUUAUUAACAGCAGGACAUGAGAAAGUCAUUCGUAUUUUUGAUAUUUUUGAUAUUAAGCAACAAUUUCAACAGUUGAAAGCACAAGGAAGGGAACCAACGAGUUCCAUUGUACCAAGUGGACCAUUAAUGGAAGUGGAAACAGUGGAAUCCAUUCGAAAGAUUGUUGUUCUAAAUCAUGAGCUUGCAGCUACAGGUGAAAUUGAUGGAACUGUUACGAUAUGGAAUUUGGAAAAGUAUCAAAAAAUACAGCAAUUUCGUGUCGAUGCAGAUGUAAUGGAUAUGGAAGCAUCAAGAAAUGGGACAAUACUUACUAUUGCGGCUGGAAAACAGGUGUAUUUCUACGAUGCAAGUAACGAGUUUGCACUGCUCCAUUCAUUUCCAAUGCCAAUUUCUUUUGCAGAGGAAGGAGGGGCAUCAUUGCAUCCGACUGAAAAUAAGUUUGUAGCGGGUGGGUCCGAUACAUGGGUACGCGUCUUUGAUUCUGAAUCAGGAGAAUUGCUUGAGACGCACAAGGGGCACCAUGGACCGGUAAGAUGUUUACGAUACUCACCGUCAGGUAAUUCGUUUGCGACGGGCUCGGAAGAUGGGACGAUUCGCAUCUGGCAGAAUGAUAUUAAAUCUGCGGCUGCUACGUCCAUCGCGGAUACAAUUGGUAUCUCGAGUUAG